AGACAAGUUACAUAAUAUUCUUAGUGCUGCGAUUAAACAAAAUCAGUCAUUUAAAGAGCGAAACGAAAAGAUCCUCGUGACAUCAAGAAAGUCUUGGAUAAAGCCUCACGCUAACACCUGUCAACCCUGAUAAGCACAACAUGAAAGCCAUCGAUAAGAUGCCCCAGACACUGAAAGACGAAUCCCUUGCAGCUAAGACCACCUUAUUUGCAGGGGAUCUAAACAAAGGACAGCCUGGUCACAUUUCUUUUUAUGUUGACUUAGGUCCUUCCUCUGGCAAUAUCACAAAGCUACCAACUGGGGUUUACAGGGCUAAACAUCAGAGCAUUAAACACAAUCAGGAAUCCAACAAUGAGAAGACCAGAAUCAUCCAAAAGCCAAAGACCUACAUUAUUGAAACUGCUAGUGUAGCUCGGUCUAGUGAUCACUCUGCAAAUGGAACAAAGCCACUGCCUAUAAUUUCCGGUGCUAAACCUCAGAAUACUGAACACCUUCACGUUUCCAACAUUGUCAAGACCAGAAUCAUCCAUAAACCAAAGACCUACAUUCUUGCAAAUGGCAGUGUAGCUGUGGCUAGUGAUCACUCUGCAAAUGGAAGAAAGCCACUGCCUAUAAUUUCCAAUGCCAAACCUGAGAACAUUGAACAUCUUUAGGAUUCCAACAAUGAGGAGACAAUGAGGAGACCAGAACCAUCCAAAAGACCUCAAUUGCAACUUCCAUCCCUAAGCCCCAGCAGAACUUUACAGCCCAAAAGUGACAGACAAAAUCUGUGGUCAUACUGUUUCCCACCUAAUUCCAAACGCCUGAGAGCACCUGAGCUGCAAGGGAUUCAAACAAAAGAGGGAUUGGUCCUAGUGUUCACUCGGCAAAUGGAACAAAGCCACUGCCUUUAAUUUCCAGUGCUAAACCUGAGAAUACUGAACACCUUCAGAAUUCCAACAAUUAGGAGACCAGAAUAAUGCUGCGUUCAAUUAUACCUCGGAACUUGAACCCCAGAAGUCGGGGUGGUGAUUUUUUCCGAUCUCAUUUCCCCUCGGAGGGGCGUUCCAGUUGCAAUUUCGGACUCGGAGGUCAUAAUUCUGAGUUCUGAGAUUAUAUUGGAACUAUAAACCCUGAGUUCUGAGCUCCGAGUUCCGAGGUAUAAUGGAGCGCUGCAAAAUCCACUAGCUAGCGACUGACCUCUCACCCAUUUCCAAAGCAGCUGAGACCACCACGGCUGCCUCCUCUGCAGCUGCAAAGGCGAGCUUCAACAAUCUGCAAAUGCCUGCUGACAAUCACAUUAAUACCACAAAGCCACUGCUCAAAACUACACCUCCCAAUCACCUCCAGUUUUCCAACAAUGAGGAGACCUGGACCAUCCAAAAGCCAAAGACCUUGAUUGCAACUGCCAUCCAGAUUAAAUGACAGAAUUAGUUUACUUUGUAACUUUGAGCUAGCAAGGAAAUUUACAAUAUAGUAAAACAAAGACUUAAAUAAGUACAUAAAAAUGAAAUGUAACCCAUUAUUUCUCCCUCUGUGACAGGCAUGUGCACCUAUCCAAUCCCUAUAGCUCUUCUCUCUGUAUCCACUAGAUGUCAGUAAAGGUAAGGGUUAAAAUUGUCAGUGUCCACUUACUCCAUUGCCCCAUUUUUAAUAGACAGUCCAUUUAGGCUGGUACCCAGCCGGAUUCUGGGAGCUCAUUUCAUUUGCUCUACCAGAAAAUUGUCCGGUUCCCUUCCAUUGGGAAGUCAUUUCCUCCCGCAGAAACAAAUCACAACCGAUUAUCCGUCAGUGGGCGGGGCUUCUACCAUGACAAGGAGAGAAGCUAUUUUUUUUAAACAACCAAGGCUGCCGAGCAUUUGACUAAUAGGAGUCCUGUGGUCAAUUAAAUUGAUUGGACAUUGUUUAGAAAAGGUAUUAGUGGAGACAAUCUGUGAGUGUUUGAGAGGAUCUGCCAGGAAGGAUGAGAAACCACUCAAAUCCAGGUGUACCAAGCUUGUAGAGGUUUGAGGCUAAAAUGAUUUUCAAAAUAUAUGUCUGAAUACUACCUGAAGCCACUGUAUGUAACGAGCCAGUCCAAACACAACCAUGUGUGUGGUUGGACCCCGUCUGUGUGCUGGUAAGCCUCAGUUUCAUUCAGCUGGCUACCCCAUGUUUAAUUCAACUGUUUCGUUUUUAUUUUUUCUUCAUAAUAGUUUUGUUUGGGCUGAAAGUACACUAAGGCUUUUCCAGUUUUUGUUGAAAUAUAAGGCUUUUAAGUACCUCAAUAACCCUAGUUGUUACAAAAGUAAGUGGUAAACUGCCCAAGGUUAUAAAAUAAAGAUAUUAGAAUAUAGAAUAGGUUACCAAAACUGAAUUAUUAUACAUUUUUUAGAAAAUAUGCAUCAAGAAAUGGCAGAUUUGUAGGGCCACAACACGAUAAGAGAUUACAACGUGGUUGGUUGUACACUUCCAUUACGGGCACCUUCAUGGCCAGACCCUUCUCCAAACCUCCUAUCAAACAUUUCCUGGUGAAAGUGCUGUUUAAAUGCUGAUUGGCUGAAAACCAGAGCAUACCAAAGGACAGUUUGUGAUGUCACUGCAUUCCAGCCAAUCAGUGCAUAAAAAGCUUAACGGACUGCCACAGGCUGUCAGUAGGCUGGAAGCGAAUCAAAGGCAUCAUCAUCAUCACUAAAGGCAGCCUCGCUGGACAGGAUCAAAAGCUUUGGGGUGUGAUGUCACUCCAUUAAAGCUUUAGAUAAGGGAACCUAAAGCAUCCUAAUGACAAACAGGCCGGCUUCCAAGGAUUUGUAGUAUUGUGUAUCGAGAGUCAACCCUAACCUCAACAUGGAAAGCAGCUCAGAAGUUGUGCGCCUGGACAAGGCCAUUGCGGCAAAGAAGCGACUUUGCAAGCAGCUUGAGGAACUUAUUGAAAAAGAAAAGAGCAUCACUGAAGAGUCCCUCAGGAAGGCUGAGAAGAAAGCUUCGGAUGCCAAUGGGCUUUUUGAAAAAGAGAGGGCGUGCAGAGAGGAGAAGUUAACUGUCAUUGAGCAGUUAACUGAUGAAAUAGGGAGCCUUGAAAGUGGAAUCAUAGAGAGAGAGGAAGAGCUAAGCAAAUAUAAAAGAUUCAAAGAGAUUUUGUUCAAGUUAAAAUCUAUAAAGCAGGAGGACGAAGCAAAAACAUCCGUGUUGCCUCAAGUCCCCAACGAGGAGGAGCAGAAGCUAAAGGUCUCUGAUUUCAAACAGCUAUUGGAUCUAAUGACAAAUCUGACAGAGCAGAAUAUUUCCAUAGUCUGUCUCUGCGACAGAGGGAAGGAGACGUUGGAAAAAAUCCAGCCUACUUCAAAGAUGUGGUUGGAGAAAAUUCAAGACUUGGAAAAUGAAGAUGAAGAGUUGAUCAAAAUGGAGGAUCAGAUCAAUAAGAAAAAGAAGAUGGUGGUUAAGCUCAAACAGAGUGUCCAGCUCUAUGACUCUUUAAAAACAGUGGAUGAGAAACUUGUGUUAGACGCUCUCAGCAAGAAGGUGAAAAAAGUGUAUCGGUUCUGCACGGUGAGGAAAAUUACUACGAAAGACAAAUUAGUCAGCACCACCGACAUGCUGACUGCUGUCGAGCACUGUGUUUAUGCACUGCUCAACCAAAUGAUGAAAAUCCCCGAAAACAACUUCAAGAAACUGAAAAAGGUCAUCUUUACUGAGAAGCAGAAAGAGCGCCACAUUCAAAGUAUGCGUAAAACGAUGGAGGACGAAACUGAAAAGAAGAUGAAGUACAUAAAGAGAGCUAUGUCUGACAUCAAGAAAAGAGAAGGAAAAAGGCUCAUGCCAAGAUCCAUCAUCAGUAAGAAUCAAAAUCGCAAGAGAAAAACCGCCGAUGAGAGGCCCCCGACACCGGAGGAGAUAGUCUGGGACGAACAGCUGGUAGCAGAGAAGGAUAGGCCUGCUGUCAUGACUCUGUGGGAGGAUUGGAGGUUGGACAAAGAUAAAAGGGAGGCUGCACUGAAGAAGCAGCGCAGGGAAAAUGAGAAGAGGGCCACAAUGCAUCAGUCUGAACCUGUCCACGGAAAGCCAAGGUGCAAAGAGACGGAGAGGGACACACAAAGUCUGAGGCCAACCUGCCCCCCACCCAUUUCCAAACCAGUUAAGACCACAACUGCUGUUUCCUCUGCAGCUGCAAAGGCGAGCUGCAACAAUCUGCAAAGGCCCGCUGUCAGCCACAGGCCUGGGCAUCCUCUCUCUACCACUAAGUCCCUGCCCAUAAUUCCUAGUGCUGCAUCUCAAAAUAAGUUCAGGAUUCCAACGAAGAUGAGACCAGGAUCAUUUACUGGCCAACGACCUGCCUCUCACCCGUUUCUAAACCACCUGAUCACCUUAGCUGCAAGGAAUUCAAACCGAUUGUUUGAUUCCGGUGUACAGGUUUGGUCAAAUUAGAUGACAGAAAUACAGUAUGUUUGCAUGCUUAACAAUAGCUUUACCUUGGUAACUUAGCAAGGACAUUUACAAACAUAAUAAUAAUUACAUUACCUCUUUGCUAACGGGUGAUGACGUGAAAGUGGUCUCUUUUCUCCAGGUAUUGUUUAAUAAAGGGAUCUGAAAACCAAA